AAUUUUUGUCAACAUAAGAUAUCACGUCAAGUCAAGAUAAUUAUCUCGCCAAGUCAAGAUAAUAUUCUGGUUUUCUCAACAUAAGCCAAAUUUUAUCUCGUGUAGUCAAGAUAAGUUAUCUCAUUUUGUUGCGAUAACUAUCUCGACAUGACGAGAUAACUUAUCUUGUAUCGUGAUUAAAAUUGUUGAAUUGACAAUUACUGCCUUUUCAUAAUUGCAGUCACGAUAACUGUAUAAAUAUAGAUAAAUGUUUUCGGGUGUCUCUGUCAUUUUCAUAUUGAAGCGAUGAGGAACGGACAGUUUUCCAUCACACGUUAAAAAGGAAAUCAAAGCAAUGGGAGAUAAUUACAUUGGGACCUUGAUCCACAACGUGCAACUGCGUCAGAUGGUAACAAGGGAUGAUCUCAUUGCCCUUUACUAUCACGCUGGCUAUUCUGUUAAUGAAAUCAUUGGAUUCCUUGCAUGUCAUCAUGAUUGUGCAAUAAGUGAAAGGCAAGUACACCGUAUACUAAGAAGACUGAACAUACAGAGACGCAACAACGAGUCAUCAUUACAAGACAUAGUCAGAGCAAUUAUUUUUGAACUAGAUGGCAGUGGAGGUAACAUUGGAUAUAGAACUAUGAAAAGACGAUUAUUGACAAAUCAUGGUCUCCUUGCCACAGGAGAAACUGUCAGACUGGCUCUUACAGUGCUUGAUGCAGAGGGCGUGCUUGCUCGUAGCAGACAUGUUUUUCGUCGUAGACGUUACAUUAGCAAAGGUUCUAAUUUUUCAAUUCAUAUAGAUGGAUGGGACAAACUUAAACCCUUUGGAAUAUCAAUACACGCAGGCAUUGAUGGAUAUUCUCGUCGCAUACUUUGGCUAAACGCAUGUAGUUCAAACAAAAAACCGGAAUAUAUAGCACAUUUCUAUCUGAAAUAUGUUCGAGAAAUCAAUGGGAUGCCAUGUGUCAUUUAUGGAGACAGGGGGACAGAAAACUCAAUUGUUAGGGACAUACAGUAUGCACUUCGCUGGCACCAUAGGGAUCCAUUCCAAGGAUUAUCAAGUUUUACAUAUGGAUCAUCAACAAGGAACACUCGCAUAGAAAGAUUCUGGAGAAACCUCAGAAGCAUGUGCGGACAAUUCUGGAUGGACGUUUUUAAAGAAAUGGCAGACCAUGGAAUUUUGGAUACUUCAGAUAACAUUCACCUUGAAUGCAUGAGAUUUUGUUUUAUGUCUUUGAUCAAUAAAGAACUGGAUAGUACUAUCCAGCAAUGGAAUGAACAUAGAAUUAGACGAAGCAAAAACUCAGAUGGACCUUUUGGCAAACCAGAUGUCUUAUAUUUCCAACCAGAGGUCUAUGCUACAAAGGAUUUCCGAUUUGAUUUGCCUGGAAAUAUAGAUCAAAUUGAAAGGGAAUAUAGCCUUGUUCCACCCAUGAACGGAGUUUCAAAUGAAUUUCAAGAACUAGCUGAUGUCCUCAUUCAAGAACACAGACUUCAGUUCCCACCUAGAACAAAGGAUCAAGCCUUGGAAUUAUUUUGCAAUAUUAUCACUGCUAUUGACUCAAUUUAACUUUUUGUUGUAUUUGUCGAAGGAAGGGACAUAUAAAAAUAGAGAUGGAAAAUUUCAUAUAAAUCGUUGCAUACACUCUCUUUGUAAAUAACGGAAUAAAACAACUUAUUUACCAAAUUUACAAA